CGCAGUCUCAAGUGGCUGCUCAGGACCGGGAGCCGGGGCUGGGGACGAGGGACAUCCCUCUCUGCGCUCGGGCUCCUGGGCAGCUGAAAGAGGAGUGUGGAGCUGUCUUAGGAGGAACUUGUGCAGACCCUGAGCUCAGCCCUCAGGUGCGGAUCCCACAGGUACGGGUGGGGGGCCCAGGGUUAAUUUUUAAAGCCUCGGUCCAGGGGUUGUGCAGUGAGCCAGGUCAGCCCGCAUUAGUGGGCUGGCCAGCAACCAAAGAAACGGCCCCGCAGCUUUGCCUGGGGUCUGCAGAGAGACCCCAGUACACUGUCACCAUGCAUUCAUUCACUGACCAAGUAUUUACUGAGCACCCGCCAGGUGUCGCGUGCUGGGGACCCUGUAGUUCCGGCCCCCCAGAAGCUUGUGCUCUGAUCCCGGACCAGCUCCCAGGCAUUGCCCCCUAACCUGAAGUCCCUCUGCCCAGCCCCGGAGGCCCUGCCACUAGGCUGUUCUGAGUUGUUGGGGGGAGGCUGAGUGGGAAGUCCCCCAGUACCGCCCCCCCCCCCCCCCAGGGGAAUCUCUGAGCUGGCCGAGGCUGAGCACCCGCUCUGUGAUUUGUUGCCAGGGCCUUCCUGGGACGACCGAGCUGCUGGAGGGAUGUGACGGUGGCGGUAGCAGGAGGCAGGGAGGAGGCUGGGUGGGAAUCCGUGGGGCUCUGGGUGAUGAGGAUGCAGGGACUGUGAUCUCUGCUGAGGGCCUGCAGUGUGCCAGACCUUGGGGACAUCACGUAUGGACCUUACAUCACAGGUGAGCAAACCGAGGCCCAGAGAUGGACGUGUCCACCUAGCGAGGUCCGGAUCUGAGCGGAGAGCCAGCCCUGGCGCUCUGCGUCCCAACCCUUGGGCAGUGGCACUAGAACAAGAUGCAGUUUGGACUCGCUGCCCUACACGGGCACUCGGUCAGACAGGAAAUGAAGUGAAGCUCAGCGUGGUGGGGUGGGGGGGUCUGGUCUCCUCAGCAGCUGGUGCUGACCCUGAGCCCUGGAACUACUGUGCUUUGUGAGGUGGCCCAGGGAGUCGGCAGGGGUUCCGUCCUGCUGGGGGAGGGGCCUGCAGAGGCCGCAGCCAGGGACCUGAGUAGGAGAUGGCUCUGCACCCCAGGGCCAGGCUGAGCCUCCUCCUGUGCCUUGUCCUGGCAACAGCAUUCCUCGCCCUGCCGCCGAGGUAACUCCCAGGAGCAACAGGGCUUGCCCUGGAAGGUGGUGGAGGGGCACUGCCAUGAGGAAAGGCUGGUGUGAGCAUCCUGGGCUGUCCCCUGCUUCAGAGGGAGCGAUAGUGGUCUUCAGGGCCAGCACUGAGCACCCCAACAUCUCCCACAGACCUCAGCGAUCAGUGUCCGAGGACUCCGAAGCCCCCCUGGAGCUCCCACAGCCGCUGUCUGGCCUGCUGGACGACUAUGGGAUCCGACCCAAGCACCCCUUGUCGAGAGGGCCUCGGCCCCUCCUCUCCCAGGCCCAGCAGCGCAAGCGGGAGGACCCAGACAUGGCCGACUAUUACUACGACACGCGCCUGUGACAGGAACCCCUUAUAAAACUAUUCUGUGCAGCAAAGCCUGGGGCUGUCUGAGGAUGGAAAUGAGCUGGCCGCGGGCAGGGUCCAGGUAGAUAC